UUUUUAUUUUAUUACAAUAGCAUUAUAAUUUAUAAAACAAUACAAUAAUUAAUUUAGAACUGUAUUUUAAAAUAAUAAAAUGCAUAUCAGAAAAUUAUUGAUGAAACAUACCUUACAACAAGUAUUAAAUCCGCUUAAACUUUCAAGGAAUAAGAGCAUGAAAACUUUUGAUAAACAUAAAUGGAAAAGUGUUGUUGGAUUGGAAAUACAUGCUCAAAUUUCAAGUGAAUCAAAGUUAUUUAGUGCAGCUGGUACCAAAUUUGAUGCAGUGGUAAAUUCACAAGUGGCAUUGUUUGAUGCUGCAAUUCCUGGAACACUUCCUAGUAUUAAUGAGAAAUGUGUUGAAGCAGCCAUAUUAACUUCGUUAGUAUUAAAAUGUAAUCUAAAUACAAUAUCAUCAUUUGAUCGUAAGCACUACUUUUAUGCAGAUAUGCCGGCAGGUUACCAAAUAACUCAACAGUUUCAUCCAAUAGCAGAAAAUGGUCAACUUACUUUUCAUGUUAUAGAUCAAAAUACAAAUAUAGUUCCCUAUAGUAAAACUUCUUUAAUCAAACAAGUACAGCUAGAACAAGAUAGCGGCCGCACAAUUCAUGAUGAUUCUUCUAAGACUUCCCUUAUAGAUUUAAAUCGUGCUGGAACAGGGUUAAUGGAACUUGUGUUUGAACCUGAUUUGUGUAAUGGUCUUGAAGCUUCUGCUUUAGUCAGGGAAUUAUUACUAAUAUUUGAACGUAUCAAAACAUGUUCUGGUCGAAUGGAGGAGGGCGCUUUAAGAGUUGAUGCAAAUGUUUCAAUCACCGAUUGUGAUCAACUAGGCACACGGACUGAAAUAAAAAAUUUGGGAAGUAUACGAGCUGUACAGUUAGCAGUUGACUAUGAAAUUUUUCGUCAAUUAAACCUGAUGAAAGAAGAAAAAGAAGUAGUUAACGAAACAAGAGGAUGGGAUUCUGUUACUAACAAAACAGUAUCAAUGAGAGACAAAGAAGUUUUACAAGAUUAUCGAUUUAUGCCAGAACCUAAUUUAUUACCACUCAAUUUAAAUAUGUUUGAUAUUAAUAAAUUACAAACAGAGAUACCCGAAUUACCAACUGUAACUCGUAAUAACAUAAUGAGUAAAUAUGGCUUAAAUAUAAGAAAAACCACUACUUUAAUGAAUGAACCAGUUUUAUUAUCAAUGUUUUUCGAAAUAAUGAAUUAUGAUACAUUUAGAAACCCAUCAAGAGUUUGGAAUGUAUUGACUAUUGAAUUUAUGACAGAAUUAAAUAAGAGAUCUAUUGAACCUAAGCAAAGUGAAAUUCCGUCUUCUUUCAUCGGUGAAAUUGUAGAUUUACUAGAUAAUAAACUGGUGAACUUGGUUCAUGCAAGGAAAAUUAUUUCUAAAAUAUUUGAUGAAAAAAAUAAAUCUCCAUCUCAAAUUGUAGAAGAAAAUAAUUGGCAACAAAUUUCGAAUGAUGAAGAAAUCGAUAAAUUAUGCAAAGAAGUUAUGCUUGAGUAUCCAAAGGCUGUCAAAGACUACCGUAGAGGAAAAUUACAAGCCAUACAAUUUUUAAUAAAUCAUGUUGCAAAAAAAACAAAUGAUCGUGCUAAUAUGGCUAUUGUUUCAAAGAGAUUAGAAGAAUUCUUGAAAAAUAUUUAGACUGUGUUGAUUAAUUCUAUUAUUGUUUUGCAUACAUUAAAUCUGUGGUCCGAAAUACUUGUCCUAAUUCACAAUAACAAUAAUCAAUUCAAUCAGUUUGUUAAUUUUACUUCGUUUAUACUGAAAUAUUUUUUUUAUUCACAUUUUGUAGCUUAAAAAAUUACUAAAUUUAUCAUUAGUCAGGUUGUAUGGAUGUUGGAUGUACAACUUUUGGCACCUAUAAGUUUGAACGAAUUAAUACUUACCACUAGAUACCCUUCCUCUUAUACUUGAACUUUGUUGUUACUUCAGUUUUUAAAUAUAUACCUCCAUGUAUAUUGUAUUGUAAUAGAAAAAUAUAUUUAUUAUUAUCUGUUUUUUAA